AGGUAUGGAAAGAAUAAAAUAUUGUAGUGAGAAAGGCAAAGCAGAGUCCAUAAUCCGACUACUCAAUGCUUUGAUCGGCGUGCUUUGAUGCAAUUUCUGGCUUAUUGGGUUAUUGUUGAAGAGCAGUGCUUGGGGGGUCAAAAGUUGCAACCCCACUUAGAUUUAUGUACUAGCUUUUCUCAGGUUUUGUUCUUUUGGUUUUGGAUUCUUGAGGCAUGCUCUCUCUCUCUCUCUCUCUCUCUCUCCCUCCCUCCCUCCCCCUCUCUCUCUCAAUAGAUUUGGUUUUGUAUUUAACUACUCCAACCAUAGAAUCUUGUGUUCUAUUCCCAUUUCAUCAGUCUUCUGCUGCCUUGCUUCUUUUGCAUUUCUUUAAAUAAUAAAUUUCUGGGUCUGGUCAACUUUGCGUUCUUGAUUGUAAAGAUACAAACUUUUUGAUUUUAGGUGUAGAUAUUUGUUUUUUCUUGAUAUGGGUUUUGUUUAGUUGUUCUUGAGCUCCAAGUAGACUAGGAGUAUGAGUUGUGUUGAGGAUGCUCACAAGCCAGCAGGGUUGAUCAAUGGAGCACACACACUGCUUGAUGAAAUUAGAUUACUGAAAGAAAUGCAGGAUCAUCCAGGAGUGAAGAAGCCAAUAAGUUCAGAGCUAUGGCAUGCUUGUGCAGGCCCUCUGGUGAGCCUGCCUCAGGUUGGGAGCCUUGUGUAUUACUUUCCUCAAGGACACAGUGAACAGGUGGCAGUUUCCACGAAUCGGACAGCAACUUCCCACAUACCAAACUACCCAAAUUUACCAUCUCAACUACUCUGCCAAGUUCACAAUGUUACACUACAUGCAGAUAAAGAGACAGAUGAAAUAUAUGCUCAAAUGAGCCUUCAGCCUGUUAACUCCGAAAAAGAUGUCUUCCCUAUACCAGAUCUUGGUCUCAAGACCAGUAAACAUCCAAGUGAAUUUUUCUGCAAAACUCUUACUGCUAGUGAUACAAGCACGCAUGGUGGGUUUUCUGUGCCUCGUAGGGCAGCAGAAAAGCUGUUUCCACAGCUGGACUUCUCGAUGCAGCCUCCUACUCAAGAGCUUGUGGUUCGCGAUUUGCAUGAUAAUACCUGGACAUUUCGCCAUAUAUAUCGUGGGCAACCAAAGCGUCAUCUUCUCACAACUGGUUGGAGCAUGUUUGUCGGGGCAAAAAGACUUAAAGCUGGUGAUGCUGUUCUUUUUAUCAGGGAUGAGAAAUCACAACUUUUGUUAGGUUUGAGGCGGGCAAAACGUCAGCAAGCAGCUCUGCCGUCAUCUGUCCUUUCAGCUGAUAGCAUGCACAUUGGGGUUCUUGCUGCUGCUGCUCAUGCUGCAGCUAAUCGAACUCCAUUCACGAUAUUCUAUAACCCAAGGGCAUGCCCUUCAGAAUUUGUUAUCCCUUUGGCUAAGUAUCGAAAAUCAGUGUAUGGAACUCAGCUCUCAGUGGGUAUGAGGUUUGGAAUGAUGUUUGAGACUGAGGAUUCCAGUAAACGCAGAUAUAUGGGCACAAUCGUUAGCAUAUCUGACUUAGAUGCCAUAAGGUGGCCUAGCUCCAAGUGGCGUAACCUUCAGGUGGAGUGGGAUGAGCCAAUGUGUGGGGAUAAGCAGAACAGAGUGAGUCCAUGGGAAAUUGAGACUCCGGAAAGUCUGUUCAUAUUUCCUACUCUCACAUCAAGUCUCAAGCGACCAUUUCAGUCCGGUUUUCUCGGCACACAAAAUGAGUGGGAGAUGCUAAAUAGACCGAUAAUGCGGGUCCCUGAACCUAUCAAUCCGGACUUCUCGAACCUUCCAAUUUCAGGCCAAUGGUCAGAACAACUGAUCAAGAUGCUCAUGAAGCCUCAAGCAGCUGGUUAUUCUGGAUCACUUGCAUCAGCAGCGCAUGACUCUGCGAAUAAUGGAGUUCCUUCGCAGCGGACCAAGUUCUUGACACAGGCUACAGUGGAUCAGAAAACUCAAGCUACAGAACAUAUGUUGACGCAGGCAGAAAACUGUGCACAGUUUCACCGCAUCCAACCUGAAGGCAUAGACUCAAAUUCAUUACAAUCAAGGUUACAGGAAAGAUUGCAGUCUCAGAACGUAAUUGAGACAAAAGCACCGCACAUAAGUGAUGAAAUGACAAAACCAGAAAUUGCCAUCUCACCAGAACAGUUGCACCGAUUCAAUUCUGAGAGACAGUGCAGUGAAAACAUAGCGGAAAUAAGGCAGUCAAAUCCUAAUAUUCUUGUAAAUGAGCCAACUCAUGUUAGCGAAAGCCAUAAUUCUGCCCAGCUUCAGUCAAACUCAUGGUUAAUGCAAUCACAGUUCAAUUCCAAUCCUUUUCAGCCUUCACAAAUCGAAGCUGCUACUCUUAAUGCUCUACUUCCAAACCUUGAUAAUUCUGAAUGGAUCUCAAAUUCUUCUAACAGCCAAAAUAUUUCUGGAUGUCUUAGGUCUCCUGGAUCUGCUGGUUUGUUCUCUGAAACAACUAAUCCAACUUUACCUUCAUCAAGUCACGAAAUGUGGGAUCAGCAGAUAAACGAUUCAAAGCCUUUAUCCGAAACAAGCCAAUUUCAGUCAUCAUGUCCACAAGACCUAUGCAAGGCGUAUUCUAUAUCUAGCACCUACAACCUGAAAAAUAUUUCAGAAGAAAGUAAUACCCAGAGUGAUUUAUACAGUUGUCUAAACUUUGAAACUAGUAAUGGUGGAAGCACUGUGCUUGAUCCCUCUGUUUCUGUGCUUGAUCCCUCUGUUUCUAGCACAGCUAUCGAUGAGUUUUGCUCAUUCAAGUCUGGCCAUUUCCAAAACCCUUCAGCUUAUCUUGUCAACAACUUUGGUUCAAACCAAGAUUUGCAGUCGCAAAUUACCUCAGCCAGUCUGGCAGAAUCGCAGGCUUUCUCUCUGCAAGAAUUCCCUGACAGCUCAGGUGGUGCAUCUUCAAGCAAUGGGGAAUUUGACGAGAGCAGUCUUUUGCAGAACAGCUCGUGGCAACAAGUGGCUCCAAGGGUGCGAACCUACACAAAGAUACAGAAGGCAGGAUCUGUUGGAAGGUCAAUCGAUGUGUCUAGUUUCAAGAAUUAUGAUGAACUUUGUUGUGAAAUUGAACGCAUGUUUGGACUUGGGGGCCUGCUAAGUGACACCAGAGGUUCUGGUUGGAAAUUAGUGUAUGUAGAUUAUGAGAACGAUGUUCUUCUUGUUGGAGAUGAUCCUUGGGAGGAAUUUGUUGGCUGUGUACGCUGCAUCAGAAUUCUUUCACCUUCCGAAGUUCAGCAGAUGGGUGAAGAAGGAAUGCAGUAUCUCAACAGUACAGCAGCACAAGGCAUUAAUGGAUCUGAAGGCGGUCAUGCUUGAGAUAGAUGUUACUGAUUUCUCACAGACCGGUCUGAUUUCACGCGCUGCAAUGUAGAUAAGGUUGCUCGUUAACUUUGUUUCUGCUUGAUUUAGCUCAAAAACACGUCUAAAUAUAUCUAUAUUGAUUACCUAAAAGUCAGGGAACAAUGCUUGUACCGAAUCUUUGAUGUGGCUUUAUUAGAAUUAUCUAUAUGAGUUUGUGUUGAGUAGGAUUGAAUGUAAUCCAUCACCAAUGACUCUUUGGUGAAAACUGGAAAGCAACUCUCUUUAACUGGGAGUUUUUAUAAUAGACCUGAUCACAGCUA